AGGUCAGUACUUAAAGUUACCCUUCUGGGAAGUGAGUGGAAUUCCUCAGAAGGUGGUUUGUCAACAUUAAACAGAGAACUUGCAAUUUACCUUUCAAAACAUCCCAAAGUGGAAGUGACAUUGUUAGUUCCUGAAGGAGUUUGUAAAGAUGAUGAGAAAAGAGAAGCUGGAAGCUAUGGAAUUACCAUCGUUGAAGCAAAGGAACAAACAGGGUAUGAUCCCCUUGACUGGUUAAUAUCCCCACCUAAUGACCUCAGCAUCGAUGUCAUCAUUGGGCAUGGUAAGAAACUUGGCCGGCAAGUCCAAGGAAUACGAAAUUGUGCGGAAUUUAAGAAUUGUAAGUGGGUACAAGUUGUACAUAUUGCCCCAGAAGACCUUGGAAAAUUCAAAGACUACACUAAUCCUACUUCUAAAGGUGAACGAAAACAUCAAGUUGAAGUUGACCUUUGUAAGCGUGCUGAUCUUGUCAUGCCUGUUGGACCCCGACUGACAGAAUUUUACUCUUCAUAUUUACAACGCUACAAAAAGGAAAUGGAUGUGCUUUCAUUCACUCCAGGACUUUUUGAAAGGGAAUUUGGGGAUUUGGAACAAGAUGUCAAUAACAAUGCAGAUUUUAAAGUGUUAAUUUUUGGUCGUGGCGAUAAGGAAGAUUUUGAGCUUAAAGGGUACAGCAUUGCUGCUAAAACAUUUAUUGACCCACGGUUGGAAAAGAAACCUUAUCAACUGAUCUUUGUCGGUGCCCCUAAAGAAAAUGAAGAGCAAGAGGAGUUUAAAGAAAGACUUUUGCAAUGUGGUAUUGCUAAAGAACAGCUUAUUGUUAGAACAUUUAUAGAAAACAGGGAUAGUCUAAAGGAUUUACUGUGCGAAGUUGAUCUUGCCAUCAUGCCAUCAAAAUCAGAGGGAUUUGGUCUUGUCGCGCUUGAAGCCUUAUCUGCAGGCCUCCCCAUUCUUGUGGGCAGUAGGUCAGGAUUUGCCAAAGCAUUAGAAAAUGUUCCUAAUGGUUAUUCAUGCAUCGUGUAUUCAGAUGAUCCUGCAAAGUGGGCAGAGGCAAUUGAAGUUGUUCGUGUCAGACAUGGAAUGCGGCUUAGAGAGAUCAAAGCUCUGAAAGCAUCCUAUGGAGAGGUAUACAGUUGGAGAAAGCAAUGUGACGCCCUUGUGGAGAGGAUGUGGAAAAUGAUCCAUGGUAUGUUUGAACUAUAUACUGGCUUAUGUUUGGACAUUUUUAGUACAUGUAAUAAUGGUAAGAUAAUUUAGUUCGUUGUACCUUAUCGUGGCACAGGAUGGUCAAUACUUGUCUUAAUAGACUCCCUUAAGGUCUUGGACGCAGGUCGCCGAAAAGUACUUUAGGUAAUUGAGGUACUACCCUCUGUUGAGCUUAAUUAUAGUUAUCGCUAAAUUUUUAAAUGGGAGGUAAAAAUCUUUGGAAUAAGCCGUAGAGAACACUAUGUGCAUUCAACAUGAGCAACAACAUUAUAGACGAAAUACUUGGCUAUAAAGUUUCUCAAGAAUUCCUACAAAAAAGUUAUUCUUGCUUUGAUUUAAGCUAAAAUUAAAACGCCUUGUAUCUUAAAAGCCUAUUUUUUUCAUUGAACAUCAACCUGAUUUCCUGUAAUAAGUUUAAUAAUGUUUAAUUGCCGUCAUAACGAAUGUUUGAAAUGUGAAAAUGAAAUGAUAAGCAUGUCAUGAUCACGAGCGUGGGACAAAGAAAAAAUCUGAGUCCCUGACAGGCUUCGAACCUAUGACCUCCCAAACACCCAAACACCGGGCGGGCGCUCUAUCCACUAGAACUCAUGGAGAGCGAGACCACAUACUAAGUUCAUAUUAACGAAAGUUUGUUUUCACAGGAUCCUCUGUGGAAGAAAACAAAAACCCAAGAACAAACGCUCCUACUGAUGAUGAUCGGCUUGUUUCGGAAAGGUCCCCUGGUAGUAACUCUGAAAAGAAAAUUGAUGCUACAUCAGAAAAUCAAACCGAAAUAUCCACAAAUACAGGCUCUCAGUCUCAAAAUAGCCGUAAGCGUAAACUUUCAGGAUCUUCCCGUGACCCAGGUAUGAAAUUUUUUUUCUCUCUACUGCUCACUCACAUGACUCUGAAGGGUGGGGUGAUUUGUUAGAUUUCACAAAGGUGCUUUUUUGACAGAGAUGUUUCAGUACUGUUUGCUCUUUUUCCUCCGAAUUUUAGCGUUUUAUUAGACCCGAAUGGGAUUCUACCGGAAUUUUGAUAGUACGUUCUUCAGUGGUGUCGUUUUUAUUUCCAGACAUCGUUAUCAAGCACAGUUACCAGGACCUGAGUAAUGAACAGGAAGAAACAGUCCAUGACAUUCUAUCACAUCACAUACAAGUGUUCAUCAAGAAUCGCAAGGUUGCAACUCCUGAUGGAGUGUCUGCUCUGAUUGAACAUAUACACAAAACGUACAACUUGGCCUUGGAAUCCGUGGGUGUAGGUUCUCUAGAAUUAAAAUUUCGAUGCCCCACCCUGGAGAGCCUUGAGCAUUUGUGGAGUGACUAUCAGUCAGGUUACCUUAAUGAGAUUGCUGAGAAAUAUCUUGUGACCAAUGACAUAAAGGAGAAGCUGAACUUGGAGACUGUCAGGUUAAAGACAACAAUUGAAGAUGAAAACUACCGGAAUUGCAUGAAGAUCCUAAUGGAAAAGUCAUGUAAGUUUGAGAGUUCUCUUACAGUUUAAAUUACAGAUUUAUCUACAACAAAUUGAUUAGUAUCAUUUACUCAGUACGGUGGGUCAAAAUUGACGGGGGCACAUUCUUCACUGAACUUCCUGUUUAAGAUCCAUCCAAGGCAGGGUUGUUCAAAGCUGGGUUAGGAUCACCCAGGCUUAGUGCGAAAUUUGAACUCGGAUGUAAAAGCUUAAAAAACAAGUUCAUUCUUAUUCUUUUCGUUUGCAAUUUGAUGAUUGGAUACGCUGAAAUGAAUAGCAAAAACUAUCCGACGAAAUGCUUUUGAACGAAAGAAAAAGAAACUCGGAUUAAAAUUAAACCCGGGUUAGCGCUAAUCAGCCUUCGAACAACUUGGCCAGGGUGAAAAGAGACAGGGUUUGGUGGCCAUUGUGGAGUGUUUUAUAAUUGAGGGUCCAGCAUGAGUGAGAAUGAGGCUGAUGCUUCUGAGAUUACAUGUGAUUACAAUUCUGAAACAGCUGGUACUUAUUACCUGAAAGAUUGAAAAUACGUGAGGAAAGUAUGGUAGACUAGAGGUAAUCAUUGAUUACGGAUCCGCGUUCGUCACUCACGGAAACGAAAUUCGGCAGUCGCCCGCGAUACCUCGAAAAUGUGUGGCUUUGUACUACAGGAACACCGAGAUUAGGAUGCGCUUUGACGAACGGAAUAACUAGCUUUAUCUCAUUGUGUGUUAGCAGUGUUAACAAGCAGCAGUGGCUUUUCACCGUCAACUGAAUCAGAUCAAGAAAGAGAGGACUCUUUACGGAUCGACACAAGCUCAGGUGUACUUAAGGUAGGAUAGUUUUUCUUGUUAAUAACGCAUUAAUGAAUAGCAACUGAGGUCAAGUAAAUAGGAAAAGCCUUGUUUUAAAUACUCUGAAGUCUCUUCUUACUUUUCGAAAAUUGUCGAAUCUUAACAGUUCUGACUCUAAAUCUUAUUCCAUGUUUUAGUGCUGCCCGUGAUUGUACGUUAUGAGUUAUAUGUCGUAUAUUGCUUGCAUCUUCUAAAUUUGGUCAGCGCCAGCUGGUUUUGAAGAAUUAGCCAGGAGAUUAAAGCCACUCAAAAACGGUGAAAUGUUUUGAAAGCAUAACAGAUUUGUUUAAUCAUCCUAGGGUAAGACACAGGUCCUGACCCAUAUGGAGAGAGCUGAGAGAGCAAAAGUAAGUUGAAUGGAAUCUGUAUUGUAGUGUGCGCACGUGGUCCGUUUAAUCAAGGGAAAACAAAUAUGAAAACUUUAAUCAAUGAAAGAUUUAGAAAUUGCAUAUUAUUAACGAUUUUCUCAUAGCACAGCCUUAAUUAUGAUUGGCAACAUUGUGAUUUUACUGUAUACAACGGCGAGCGCCCUUAUAGUAGGACGACAUGAGGGGACUUUUCACAGGAUUGAUGUGUUAUUAGUGUCUCCAGUAUUUGUGCUGGCUGCAUGAGGCUGGGUAAAAGUCGGGAUUUGAGGAUUGGCAAGUCUGUAGGUUCGCCCACGGAAAUUUCAACAGUGGCCAUAUUGUUCGAGGUGACACUUAAGGUUGAUCUAGAAAUUCGUGUCCACCCUCAAUCCACGUGCUGCGCGCGUAUGAACUUAUAAACCUCGGCUUUUCAGAAAUGUUGAACUUCCCCGCGCGUAAAAGCCAUUAUUAUACAUUGUACCCACUAUCUGUCUUCUCACUGGCUAAGAACCUGCAGCAAAUUUUGCAAAUCAGCGCAACCUAGUUAAUCUGUAGGUUGCGCGCACAGUGCAUGAUUUCCAAUAACAGUAUUAAUUCAAGUUUCUUGCGAUGAAGUAUUUGUCGUUAUUUUCUUCAAAACGAUGUAUUAAAAACACAAUAUUAUUAUUAGGUUUUUGUCAUAUCCUAAAUAAUCAAGGUCUCGGUAAGUGUUACCAGCCUCGGCCUUCGGCUCGGCUGAUAACACUUACCUCGACCUUGAUUAUUGCGGAUAUCACAAAAACCUCGUUCGAUAAUCGAUUAUUACUUAAUGUUGAGCGUUUUUGUCCUUACAAUUUAUUAACUUUCUCCAAAACAAUAAGAUAAACAAUAACUAAAGGUAAGUCACACUACAAAAGUUAAACUGAUAUAUAUCAUACAUGAAUACACAAGCAUACAGGCGGGGACACCACAAAAGCGAGGGCCAACACAGACACAAGGCGUAGGUACGAUGAACGAGAACCUUAAUACAAAACCUAUGUUUCUCGAAUUCAUGGUUGUUUGUUUUUGACACGAGUUAGGCCUAGAAGAGGCUUGUCAGAUCUGUUAUAACAUAAAUUAAUGUAAUCAAUAAAUGCAAGGUAUGUAGACUGAUGAAUAUGUUAUUCACCUUCUGAAAAAAAAAAAAAAAANCUCGGUAAGUGUUACCAGCCUCGGCCUUCGGCUCGGCUGAUAACACUUACCUCGACCUUGAUUAUUGCGGAUAUCACAAAAACCUCGUUCGAUAAUCGAUUAUUACUUAAUGUUGAGCGUUUUUGUCCUUACAAUUUAUUAACUUUCUCCAAAACAAUAAGAUAAACAAUAACUAAAGGUAAGUCACACUACAAAAGUUAAACUGAUAUAUAUCAUACAUGAAUACACAAGCAUACAGGCGGGGACACCACAAAAGCGAGGGCCAACACAGACACAAGGCGUAGGUACGAUGAACGAGAACCUUAAUACAAAACCUAUGUUUCUCGAAUUCAUGGUUGUUUGUUUUUGACACGAGUUAGGCCUAGAAGAGGCUUGUCAGAUCUGUUAUAACAUAAAUUAAUGUAAUCAAUAAAUGCAAGGUAUGUAGACUGAUGAAUAUGUUAUUCACCUUCUGAAAAAAAAAAAAAAAACAGGCGUCAAGAGGGCCUCUACACAAGGCUGCUAUUAGUGGACAAUACGAGACGGUCAAAAUUCUUCUUGAAGGUGGUGAAGAUGUGGAUCAAAGAGAUCAGGUUUUAUUUCAGUCUUUUUUGUUAUCCAGCCAGCUAGAUCACUUAAAAGGGUAAUAUGGACUUAAGCUGAACAAGCCUGUUCAUGCGGUAUGAUUUUCUGGUCCCACUUCGACACCUCGCUCUUGCUUCGUGCGAUAUUAGUGUUAAUCGAGUCGAGAUCUUAAACUUUUUCUGAGGGAAACUUACUUUUAAUUCUUAAACAACUGUAGCGUUUUUGGCUGUAGACUGCAAAUUUCAGUUUCAAAAUUGAUUUGUCAGAGUUGCGGUUGUCUGUUGGUUGACCCUAGAAAGGAUGAAAAUAGAUAAGGGUGUAAUAAGAUAGCUUUAAGCUUAGUCUAUAAAACUGAGUUCUCAAUAAUGUCCCAUAAUUUUGCUAGUUCCCCUUUUCAACCUUCUUAACCUGCUCUGUUUAUCUUUUUGUUAGUUUUCUUUAACACCUCUUCAUCUUGCCUGUUGGUAUGGACAGGAAUCUGUGGUCAAACUCUUGUUAGAAUACGGUGUGAACGUCAACGCUGAAGACAGGGUGAGUUCAGUCGAUGCUUAAACGUUUGUGGCCUUGAAGAGCAAGAUUUAAGAUUUGUUAAUUGAGGUCACACAUAUUGGCUCUCUUUAGCCCAUUACAAUGUGAAAGUGAGCUUUUAUAACAACUCUGGUUUGCCUGGUUAAGACGCAGUUUGUAACUGUGCGUUACAUCUCAAAUGCUGGUUAUAACUCUUCUCUUUUAAUGCAUGAAAGUUAUAUUUAAAAAGUGAAAGAUUUGGAAAAAGAAAUACUUUAAGCCCAAAGUGUGUUUGGGGAUUAAUUUUCACAAGAGUGAAACACUUUUAAUGGUAAUCUGGCUUCACAUUAGGAAAACUAUUAAACUGGCUUUAUUUUUAAUAUUAAUUAAGUUGCCUGUGUUAGUUGUUUAAUGACGCUCGUCCUUCGUUUUCUUGCGUGUUUUAAAUAAUACAUAAAUAACCAUGAUAUUGGUAGCAAGUACAAUUUGCAUUGCUUUUUCUAGUUUCAACGUACCCCUCUGCAAAAAGCGGAACGCCACAAUCAUAACUACAUAGUGCAGUUGCUCAUGAACAGUAAUGCGAGGCCGAGUUACCAACAACCGGUAAGAUAUUUGUUAUUUGCUGCAAUUCUAAGAAUAGCAGCAAAUUAUUGUUUUCACGGUUUCAACUCAUUGACAGCUGUCACAGAGACUCAAGUAUAAAAGGGCGGUAUUUUACUGAGGAGAAUCAUUUUAAGCUGACAUGUCGCUGCUUGUCUAAUUCGUUUUUUUAUGCCUUUUCCUUUUUGUGUCCUUUAAAUUUAUUGUAGAUCUUCGUUCAUGUACUCACAUGAUGAUCGAUGUUGCUCCGAUGUUGUGUAGAUCAACCUCUCUCCCUCGAGGAAAAAAAGAAAGUCCGGGGUUCGGCUCCCACCGUCGUUUUUUUUCUUUUUUCUUUCUUUUUUUUUAUCGAAAAACAAUUUUCAGUUUUUACAGACGUAAAAUAUACCGUUAGACUAAUUGCAGGUUCAUUAUCAGCUUUCAUUUCUAAAAUACAGUAAUUAAUAAUCCACAAGUUAGCCUUAGGCACCCUUUGAUAUAUCUGGUUAUGUCAUGAUUGGCUUUACAAAGUAAAAAGAAUAAUAGCGAGACACAUUCAAGUACUUAGUUUGAUUUUGAAAGUAAAGGGUAAAUUAAACAUUUAAAGAAUACGGCUUGUUUUGGAUACAUCAGUAUCCAUCGCCAUUUCACAGAAUUGUGACCAUAUAUGAAGUUUGAUGACUAACUUUAUUAUGUAAAAUUUAGUGUCAUACCGAGUGGUAGGAGGCGAUAAAUGCGCUAUCCCGCCAGCGGUAAUAUCAUUUAUAUCCACACAUGUGUGAUAUCACUUUAAACCAAUCAGCUCACGCAGUAUUUUCGCUCGCUGUCAAGCACUUGUGGUUUUCCGUCGUUUGGUCUUUUCGGAAUUUUUGCGUUAGUCCUUUCGAAUUCGCGAGUCGAAGUUUAAUAAGUUUUGAGUUUNCUUGUUUUGGAUACAUCAGUAUCCAUCGCCAUUUCACAGAAUUGUGACCAUAUAUGAAGUUUGAUGACUAACUUUAUUAUGUAAAAUUUAGUGUCAUACCGAGUGGUAGGAGGCGAUAAAUGCGCUAUCCCGCCAGCGGUAAUAUCAUUUAUAUCCACACAUGUGUGAUAUCACUUUAAACCAAUCAGCUCACGCAGUAUUUUCGCUCGCUGUCAAGCACUUGUGGUUUUCCGUCGUUUGGUCUUUUCGGAAUUUUUGCGUUAGUCCUUUCGAAUUCGCGAGUCGAAGUUUAAUAAGUUUUGAGUUUGUUAUAAAAUAGAGACAAGCAGGUUUGUCGAGAUCACAAAUGAGGAGCUGAAUUCGCAUAAGAAAAAAAAAAUCCGAACACAAAGUGGAAGACUGUGUACGAAGUCGAGUUAUUCAGAAUAAUUUCUUUCAGACAUCAAACUCUGACUUGCUUGAUUCAACAUCUCUUCAUGAGCGGAUCGACGAGCACCUUUCGAAAUGCAUUUUUAAUUGGCGUUCGAAAAGAAAGAUGGCUCCGACUAAUAGGAACCCACAAGUUUGAGAGGAUUACUUUCAAGCAUCCAGAGAUAUCUGAACUAUGUCUUCACAUUUUGUAUUGACGUUGUGUGUUUAAAACUACCACACUGUGGCUACUCUCAAAGCAAAACAACAGAAACCAAAAGCUAAAGGAUUGGGAAACAAGCCUAGGAGAUCAGAUAGCCUAAAAGACGAGGAAAUUGAAAAACUGUAUGCUUCCAAAUGCCUUGGAAUGCUCUCAAGCCAUCAUAGACUUUUUGUGGCUAAGUAUUUGUUGUAUUGGGAGGGUUUUACAUAAUAAAAAGAAAAUUACAUGGUCGCUUGAAGAUACGAAAUUUCUCUUCUCGUGUUGAAAAUAUUUCACUCGCGUACUUUUCUUCACUAUUUAUAGAUCAAAGAGUCACUUCUCAUUAGAUAGGAUUACGAUCUAAUUUUCGUAAAUAGACAACUCAAACAUAUUACGUGAACACUCCUAUUUCAUUUUCUCUGUCUUUUAUCUCUACUUCGCACCCGCAAAAGGCAUUAUAUUACCUCACGUAUUCCUACAAGAGUGAUUCUACUUACCCCGUGAAACAGGUGGUAGAACACUACGCACUAUUAUGCAGAAAUUCUACUGUCUUCUUUUGUUUAUUUGUAGCUUUUUUGCACGGGUCAAGUAGAAUCGCUCUAUAAUAAUACUUUUAACUAGUUAUUAUUCUCACUUUAUGCAACAUCCUUUGUUAUGGUCACAAUUUUGUAAACAUCAUUAAACUAACAAUGGAUGUUGAUGUAUUCCGAGCAUCGGUCGUGUUCUGUAAAUGUUUCAUUUUUAUUUUGCUGCUACAGAAAAAUUAUAAUUGUUGUAUUUUUGUCACCUCACUUAGAUUCAGAUUCCAGAUCUGUUAAGUACACUGACUCGCCUUAACUUCUUUAUUACAGUUAAGUUUAAAGUCACUUACAAAAAAGGCAUUCUUGCAUGUGGAUAUUCGAUCGGGAUUUAACAUGCUCACAGCGGCUGUCGUUGAAGGGAAUUACGACUUUUUUUUCAAGGCGCACGGGCAACUCAGUUCUUUGGAAAUAAUAACAGCAGCUACAACUGAUACUCUCGCAAAUCUUGAAACCAAAAGGCCUGGUCAUCACAAAAUCGAACGUUUUAACCGAGAAUCAGUGGAUAUAGUCAAUUCACUGUCAGAGCUGCACCAGUGUAAAUGCGGUAAUGAUGCGGAGAAGGCGAUAGAGCUUGUAUUAAAUGAUGGCCUGGAUAUAAACACCCCUGCAUUGUGCAAUCGCACACCUUUGUUGUGGGCGAGUCUUUCAUCUUCUGGUGAGUUUAUUAAGACCCUUAUCGACCUUGGUGCUAACGUUAAUGCUCAAAGAACCGAUGACAAAGUUACACCUUUGUUCUUAUCUGCUAAUUGGAACAACUUCAUGACAGUGAACUUGCUUUUGGAUCAUGGAGCUGAUGCUGAUACGGCUGUAGCUGAUGGAUAUACUCCACUGCACCGGGCAGUGAUGAAGGGUAACCAAAACCUUGUCAAAUUAUUUCUGGAAAAGGACGCGUUAGUAAAUGUUCAAAAUGCUGAUGGCAAUUCACCACUGCACACAGCUGUCAGCAACGGAUUUUUUGAUAUUACCAAGCUUCUGGUUCAAAAGGGAAGCAACGUCAACCUUCAAAAUAAAGAAGGAAGAACCCCUCUUUUUCUUGGUGUAGCGAACAAACAUGAACAGCUCAUCAAACUCUUGAUUGAAAACAAGGCUGAUGUAAGUAUUGUAUACAAGGAAAACUCCACAGAAAGAUUUUACCUUGUUUGUGGGAAAGACAGAGGUGGAGCAGCUUGGCACUAUGUCCUGGUGAAGAAACAGUUGUUGGGUUUAUUUCUGAAGCGAGCGAAAGGAGGCAGUCUUGACGUGGCAGAUUUUGGAGAUGUUCUUGGGAGUGGUUGGGGAAAGGAUCCUCCAGAAGGCACAGGUAACAAGCUUCAAAAGAAGCAUGAGUCCAUGUUUAAAGAAACAGCUGAUACGACCGUUCUUCACAUUGCAAGCAAACAAGUCAACGAACCGGAGAUAAUCGAUCUUUUGGUUAAGUCCGGGGCGAAUGUCAACGCCCAGGACGCUGAAGGGUUCACUCCCUUGCACAUGGCAGCGAUCCAUAGUAAUCUGAAAAUCGUGAAACAACUUGUUGAUCUCGAAGGUGACGUUAAUAUCGUCACAACCGAUGAAAAGACUGCUGCUGAGUUAGCUCACUUGAAUGAAGAAUUGGAGAUUGAGGAGUAUCUCGAGUCGAAGAUGGCUUCUUCGCAAAGAAGCAAAGAAAAAGAGGAGGACUCCGAACGUGGAGACAUACUCAUUGAAGCUUACGGUUUCCCGGCUACAUACUAUUUAACAGAAUCCUUCAGGGAACUGAACCUUUAA